UCACGGGAACUUGGCCGAGGACAAUAUGGAGUUGUCUACUUUUGUGAAAAAUGGGGAGAAUUCGAGUCCUGUGCUGUAAAAACCUUAGUUCCCCCAGACGAUCGACACAUUUCUGACGUAUCUCUGGAAAUAUACUACGCAAGGUUAAUCUCCCUAACUCCUCUGACAGAAUUCUACCCAAAAACGACCGUGUGGUGUCCGUGUUGGGCACAGUCAUGCACGAGGAUGACAUGUCGACUACAAUUCACAUAUUUUAUAAGAAAUACGACAUGGAUUUAUGCCAUGCCCUUAAAAAACAAAUGCCACUACAAAAUGGGGAUCGCCCUGGAGGUGGUCGAGGGAAUCCGCUUCAUCCACGGACAGGGACACAUCCACAGAGACAUCAAACUAAGCAAUAUUAUGGUUGGACAUUUUUUUGCUAGUUUUUUGCUGGAUUGUAAUUUUCAUGCAAAAUUGACUGACAUGGGAUUCUGUAAACCUGUCUCAAUGAUAUCGGGGACCGUGGUGGGGACCCCUAUCCACAUGUCCCCUGAAUUACUCAGUGGAAAAUACGACAGGAGAGUAGACAUAUUUGCAUUUGGGAUUCUUUUUUGUUCUGGGAAUUGUACAAUGCCCCAUGUGUAUCAGCAGUACAACUCUGUACAUGAACUAUGGAACAUGGUUGGGAAAGGUCAAAGACCUGAACGACUUUCAUUUUUUGACCAAGACUGGUGGGACUUGAUGAACGAUUGUUGGAACACUGAUCCCUGCCUUCGUCCACACAUCGGAGAAAAAGUGGAACAAUCCCCACACUACUCCCCCUCCGUACAGUCACCAUAUUAUCCUCAGGAACCAACGAAUCAGCCUUAA